UAAACAGUGAGCGAGUAACUUGAGCAACAUACCGGGCGAGGUAUCGCUCGUCAGUCACAGUUGUCGCGACUUCGCGGACGGUGCUCUUGUGCGCCUUUUCUUUAUGUCUCACAACAAGUCGGGGAGGGCAGAGUGUAUAACACAUCAUCAGAAUGUAACUGAUUUGCAGUGUAUUUUUCAUAAAAUAAUUUCCCUUCGCCUUCCCUAGUUACUGGAUCUCGAGAAACUUUUUAUUACUUUCUAAAACGUAUUUAAUUUUCCGCGUGUGUUUCGUUUCGAGCUCGCGCCAACAAAACGUGUGUGUGUAUAAAUAAAUAUUAAUUUUAUAGUUGUCGAUUUGUACUCGACAUGACUAUAUCGUACGCCGGUGAAGUUCCAAACGGUAGCAGUUUCGGUUGUUUCUGGCGGAUCCUUUGCAAAUGGCGCGGUAGCGUGUAUAAGCUGGUUUGGCGCGAGCUGCUUGCCUACCUCACUCUGUAUUACACCAUCAACUUACUCUAUCGGUUUGCACUAACUGAACAACAACAGAGAAUAUUCGAGAAGGUGCGUCAGUAUUUCGGCGCGCAGAGCGAAUCUAUACCCAUGUCGUUCGUUCUGGGCUUCUACGUCAGCCUGGUUGUGAAAAGGUGGUGGGAGCAGUACAAGCUGUUGCCCUGGCCUGACACGCUGGCGCUCUUCAUCUCAGCUGGGAUACCUGGAGCGGACGAAACAGGACGUCUGAUGAGAAGGAAUAUCGUCAGAUAUGCAAUCCUGGCCUACGUGAUCACCUUGCAAAGAGUAUCGCUCAGGGUUAAAAGACGAUUUCCCACGUGGCAACACGUCGUCGACUCAGGCUUGAUGCUUGAGAGCGAGAGGAAGGUAUUCGAGAAAAUGGACGGCAAAAGUCCGAUGUCGAAAUACUGGAUGCCCUUGGUUUGGGCGACGAACAUCAUCAACAGGGCGCGGAAAGAAGGGCUCAUAACAAGCGAUCACAUUGUACAGACGUUGUUGGUCGAGCUCUCUGAUAUAAGAAGACGCUUGGGAGCUCUAAUCGGGUACGACACCGUGUGCGUACCUCUCGUCUAUACACAGGUGGUGACUCUAGCUCUUUAUACGUACUUCGUAGCAGCUCUGAUGGGAAGACAGCUCGUUCCACCAGCCCCCGGCAGUACGUCUAAAUAUGAACCUGAUGUAUACUUCCCCCUAUUCACAGCCUUACAGUUUUGUUUCUACGUGGGAUGGCUGAAAGUAGCUGAGGUACUUAUCAAUCCUUUUGGUGAAGACGACGACGAUAUCGAACUCAACUGGCUCAUCGACAGACAUAUAAAGGCAGCUUACAUGAUUGUCGAUGAAAUGCACGAAGAGCAUCCUGAACUGCUAAAGGAUCAAUACUGGGAAGAGGUGGUUCCCAAAGACUUACCAUACACCGUGGCCUCGGAACACUACCGACGUCACGAACCCCCUUGCUCCGCGGACCAUUACAAAGUGAAAGCGGAAGAUGCCGUUUAUGCAAAUGUGCAAGCUCCGAGGAAAAGUCAUGACGAAACCUACGCUGAUUACGAAAGCGUGGAUACACCACUGGUGGAGCGACGUAAAAAUUGGUUUCAAAGACAAAUCUCUAGAAUGGGUUCUGUGCGGUCAGCUUCUACUGCAUAUUCGUCAGGUGGAUUGUUUGGGAGAAACCGUCACAACUCCGUUGUGUACUCUAGUCCGGAGGCAGGCCAACCAGUAGGUGUACCACAGCAACACCAUAAAAUGUCGCUCUAUGAAAGGCUGGUUGGCAGGAAAUCGGGCAGAGGACAGCAUCGACAGAAUUCCAAACAUGGUGCUCAAAAAAGCAACGGAUCCGCGAUACCUAUUACUCUUCGUAAUCGACCUCGUAUCCCAACCCCAGAUGUUACAAAGGAAGUAAUGGACCGUGAGAACAGGAUAGCCAUGGGUAUGCAAAAUAUGGGGGUGAUCAUGGCCCAUCAAGGUUAUCAGAAUGAAGUACCGGUACUUGGAGCGCUGGUAUUAUCGCCUAUACAAGAACUGGAUAGUGGAUCAGUGAAUAAUACGUUGCAUGCUGGCCAGCCGGGGACCACUGCAUUAGCCCAAGCUGUUUUGUCGCCCGGUUUAACACAAGGUAUAACACCGAUGCUGGCAGCUGCUCCCGUCGUCUCGCCAGUCACAUUAUCACCCAUUGGCGUCUCUCAACUGACUUUAGUUAAUGGAUCAGCCCCAUCAACCCCAAGGACUGAUCGUAUCACACCACCUAUACCAAGAGCGACGGUAACGGAAAUUCCAUCAGACAGGGACAGCGAACAUAGUGGAACCGGAACACCGCCAGAAUUCAACAGAAAACCAAACGGUUCCAAGCGAGGAGAAGUCUACGUGUAAAAAAAAUUUCAGACAGAUCGAACGAACGUAAACGAAACAAAAUGUGUUAUUAGUGUAAUAAAAAAACUAAGUGUCAAGUUUCGUUAAAGGCAGUGUUAUGUAUUCGUUCGCUAUAUCUGUACGAAGCGUUGACCGCUAUUCUUGGCAAUCCGCCGUCAUACUCAAGCUACCACGGAAUCUCUAAAAGCUCGGACUAAGCGCAAUACUUCGCAAGAUCGUUGGUCCAGCUCUCUAGCGACUGGAUUUUACCAUAGGAAAGUAAACAGUGUGUAUAAAUAAUUUUAGAUGAAUUUUAAAAUAAAUAUAUUAUGGGGUCAAUUAGCAUCACUAAAAUUAAAGAGUAACCUUGAACGUUGAAAUCCGUCCAUUAAAGGUGGUGCUAAAUAUGUAAUCACUAUUCUUAUGUUUAACUAUGUAGAGAAUGUUAUUUUGACUGAAGAAUAAGAGUUUUAUUGUAAUAGAAAUUUAAUGCGUGUUAUUAUUAAGUCGAAUUUUAUGUACCCUAUGUAUUUACAAAUAUUGAAUUUACGCACAAACAGGGAUUGAAUUAUAUAGUUUGUAUAAAUUCAUUUUAGUGUA